CGCCUUGGUCUUCACCACCGUUGUUCACCACGCUGCGUUCGAGCGUAAAUCGCGCUGCACUCGGGUCUUGUCCCGCCUAUCUUACGACUCUGUUACGACUUAUGGCCCAAAAUGAAGGCAAGAGCAAGCGACAGGAGUUUAACUGCUGCGCGGUCAUGGAAGAAGCGGCGAUGCGCUCCAGGGAGCGGCGAGCGAAGCGCAAGCAGAAGCCCAUGCCGUGGAUCGUGCUCAAACUCGCGGUCGGAAUCACAAUCGGCAUCGUUGCGUAUACGUUCUAUGUGUACAUCGGGAGACUGUGCGUGCCGAUGAUAAGGAAGAACGAGGGUGCUUUGGGCGGUCGAGGGACGGGUAUCGCGUUCUUGGUAGUAUUCUGUGUGCUGGGCUUGAUGAUGCUCUGGGCAUAUGAGAAGGUCGUCAUGACAUCACCAGGCCUUGCGAGAGACUUCGUGAAGCAGGCGCCAGAACCUGUGGUUAAUAGUUUUGUGCCCGCUUGGUGGGAUUCGCAACGGGACUUGACUGGCAUGCCGUACCAGUACACAGGGCAGGGCGAGCAGCCGCCAGAGUCAACUGCCACCGACCUCCCUAACGGGCCGCAGACUGCUAAUGGGCACCAUGCGAAUGGUGAUCUCCAAGCGGGGAUGACCGAUGCGAUCCCUGCGGUCGCACAGGCUCGCGUGGCGAAGCCGAAUGCACCGGUGCCGCAAGAAAACGGAAGCGCGCGCAAGGUCCCACAGAACACACGUCGCGUUCCAGAAUCCCCCGUUCUCCGUCCCGAGAACCGGUAUUGCUGGAAGGAGGGUUUCGUCAAGCCUCUCAGGGCGCAUCACUGUGCUGCUUGUGGUACUUGUGUCCUUAGAUACGACCAUCACUGCCCAUGGAUCGGUCAAUGCGUCGGGGCUCGCAAUUACAAAUUCUUCGUGAUCUUCCUUGAAUGGGCCCUUCUGUUCUGUUCGUGGACGUUCUCGACCCUCGUCGCUGAUCAGGCGAAGUCGGGGCACGUCGAUCCCGAGAAGAUCGUCAUCAUUGUACUGUCCGCCUUCUUUGUGCUAUUUACGGUGUCAUUGUUGUUGUCGCAAGCACGACUCAUUAUGCUCAACACGACGACUGUAGAGUCGCUUAGAGGGCAGAGCGUCCGUGACCGAGAGAAGCGGGUGCUUGCGCGAAUGCAUCCGUGGUACGCUCUGGGCGCAAAGAGACGCACGCGCCAACAAUGGGACCAAGAAUGGGGUCGUAUAGACUAUGAGGGGAACCUAUGGUGGCUCGGGAGCCACCGCGCGAACUGGGAGUCUGUUAUGGGAACGCACGUAUGGCAGUGGUUCUUGCCCAUUGGCCGAAGUCCUGACGAUGGCCUGUCAUACACACCGAACCCGCGACAUGAUCCUGAGGGCCGCUGGAGACCACGAAGGGAGUGGCCUGCCGAGCUACAAUAGAUAGGGGCGUUACCCAUGCCGCUCCUAUGUGCGCCUCCAACGCAAGAGGCAUUGGUGCAAUCUUGAUCCGCCCGCCUCUGCGGUUCUUCAUGCGUGAUAUGCCUGGAUGACCUCGCUACGUAUUCGGAUGGGACACUGCUACCUGGGUUCCAUUACCAUAUUCGCCUUCAUAAUGCCACAAUGUAAAUUAUGCUUUUACCUACGCGUUCGUCAUAGACUUGCAACGAAAGACUGUCAGAACC